CAUGGACUCUUACAAUGAGAAACAGCCUGAAAAACCGUCCGACAGCGACGAUGUCGUCGCCAUGGGCUAUGCCGCCGAGGUGCCUCGCAAGUUCACCCUGCUGACGCUGUUUGGCAUCGGCUACGAGAUCUGCGUCUCCCCCGUCGCCCUCAUUGUUUCGCUGGGCCUGUCCAUCGGCAGUGGCGGCCAGGCCACCCUGGUCUGGGGCCAGUUCCUCAUCUAUCUUGUGGCCUUUUGUGUUGCUGCCAGCCUGGCAGAGCUGGCGUCCGCCUAUCCCAACGCUGGCGGCCAGUACUACUGGGCAGCCAUGCUGGCGCCCCCCCCUGUGCGACGGGUGACUGCCUUUGUGGUCGGCUAUCUCAGCUGGGCGUCGGCCCUGCUGGGCUGUGCCUCGUCGCUGAUCGCCGCCGCCCAGAUGGCCGGCGCCCUGUACCUCCUCGGGCAUCCCACCGCGAGUGUCCAGCCGUGGAUGACGUUUCUCAUCUACCAGGCGUUCAACGCCAUCAUGUUCGUCUUCAACUGCUGGGCCACCAUCACGCCGCGGUUCAGCCGCUUCUGGCUGGCCAUCGCCAUCGCCACCCCCAUCAUCGUCUUUGUCGCCCUGCUCGCCCGCACCGAGUCCAAACGCUCGGCCGAGUUCGUCUUCACCGGCUUCACCAAUCUCUCCGGCUGGCCCGAUGGCCUGGCCUUCCUCACGGGCCUCUGCGGCGUCAACUGGGGGUUCUGUGGCCUCGACGCCGUCACCCAUAUGGCCGAGGAGAUCCCCGACCCGCGCCGCAACGUGCCGCGCGCCCUGAUGGCCACCGUCGCCAUCGGCGCCAUCCUGUCCUGGCCCGUCGCCAUCGCGGUGCUCUUCUGCGUGCAGGAUAUCCCCGAGGUCAUCGACACCUCGACGGGCAUCGCCUCGCUCCAGCUCUUCCUGCAGGUCUUCAAGGGGAGCACCGCAGGGCCCAUCGCCCUGCAGACCACCCUCCUGUUGAGCUCGCUGGGGGCGGUCUUUGGCAUCCAGGCCUGGCAGGCCCGUCUCGCCUGGUCCAUCGCCCGCGACGACGGACUCCCCUUCUCCCGCUAUCUCAAGACCAUCGCCCCGGCUCCCUUCCAGGUGCCCCUGUGGGCGCAUCUCUGGUCCUCGCUCUUUGUCGCCCUGCUGGGCUGUCUCUAUCUCGGCUCCAGCAUCGCCUUUAAUUCCUUUGUCAGCGGCACCAUGCUCAUGCAGUAUACCGCUUACUCCGUCUGUAUCUUGUUCUUGAUCUUCUACCGCGGCAGAGACAACAUCCCCCAUGGUCCCUUCUGGCUCGGCAAGCUCGGCCUGGUCUGCAACAUCGUCACUUUGAUCUGGACCCUCUUCACUGUCGUCAUUUACUCAUUCCCCCCGGACUACCCUACCACCCUGACUACCAUGAACUAUGUCUCGGUCGUCCUCGUCGGCUUCACCUUUAUUUUUUCUGUGUAUUAUAUCAUCUACGGCCGCAAGUCUUUUACCGGGCCGCCAGAAUUGGAGUAGUAUAGAAUAGAAAUAGAGAGCAACUGAUGAAUAAAUGUUCAGAUGAGCA